CCUGUUUCAUGGGUCCAUUUUUUUCUCUCUCAACAUAAAUUAGAGCAGAAUCGCUCCCAAUUUUCUGCUUAAUUUAACCUCAAAAUUAGUGAUCAUGGGACACCAUUCUUGCUGCAACCAGCAGAAGGUCAAGCGGGGCCUGUGGUCGCCCGAGGAAGACGAGAAGCUCGUCCAAUACAUCACCACUCAUGGCUAUGGCUGUUGGAGCGAAGUGCCUCAGAAAGCAGGGCUUCAAAGAUGUGGCAAGAGCUGUCGUCUGAGAUGGAUAAAUUAUUUGAGGCCGGAUAUUCGAAGGGGGAGGUUCACACCAGAGGAGGAAAAGAUGAUCAUCAAUCUUCAUGGGGCAGUAGGAAACAGAUGGGCACACAUAGCGAGCCAUUUACCGGGAAGAACUGAUAACGAGAUAAAAAACUACUGGAAUUCAUGGAUAAAGAAGAAGAUAAGAAAGGCAUCAUCAAACAACACCAAAACAAACCUUAAUCAAGAUUCUCACUUCACCUCUCCUCAAAUCCUCUUCCCUUACCUAAACCUAUCCACCAAGUCGCCUCCUCAGGACACAUUACUCCCUCUAAAAACCACAACCUUCAUGUUCGACAUCGGGCCCACCAUGACCGCAGAAGCCCUUGGCCUCACUAGCAACACCAGAGUAGAUCACAUUCUCCAUGAAGCUGCAUUACUGAACCAAGAAACAUGGCACCAACAAGAAAUGGUCCAGUUCACACCAUUAAUGGAGAAUCUAGAGAAUCUUAUGCUGCCUAUGGAUGUGCAGAAUAGUGCAAUCUCAGAGGCUGAGUGUUUGCAACAGAGAAAUGAGAUGAAUGAAUGGAUUGAAGCACAGAAUUCAUUUUCUGGAUACUUUUUAUGGGAGCAAGCACAAGGGAAUAUUGGUGGGGAGGAAGAAUCAUCAACUUUGCUGGCUUCUUUUCCAUAAUCUCUUUGACUAGUGUGAAUAGUUAAUUAAUUACUACGGAACUACUGAAGUUUAUUGUCAUAAUUAAUUAACGUGUCUAUCUAUCUAUAUAGCUACCUCAGGUUUGAUUAAUAAAUUAAGCUACGUUAUGUAUGUGUGUGGUUGUGAUAUUUAUGAUUUCGGGAGAGGAUUUGAGUUUCAUAUAUAGUAUUCGGCGAAUAUAUGGAAUUAGGAAUGUUUGUUUUCGUGAAUAAUGUAAAGGAGAAAUAAAAGAGUUGUAUAUAA